CCCUGCAAGACAUCUCCCGUCACUCACUGGCUCCACUUCAGGCUGUUCGCACCCUCCACGUGUUGCCCCGAAGGUGGUGUGUCUCUUACUCCAGCGUUAUUCAGUCGGGCAGUCUCAACCAAAGGAUGAUGCGAGCUCCACGGCUUCUCUCCGGUGCUUUAGCGUUGCAUCUCUUCCUUUUCAUACAUUCUGUGCCAGUGCCUGAAAGGAAGAACACCAACAGGUACAAAGCUACGGCGGGAUGGCUCCAGAAGUCCCAUCACUACACCCUGAAGAAGAAGGGCAAACCAGCCCACCCGCAGGACACACAGAAGGGCACGCCCUGGGUCAAGGGGGGCCCUGCGGUGACGUACCCGCAAAAGAACAGCACCGAGUUCUGGAACCGCCCCCGUUGUGGUGUCCCCGACUACCCGGUGAAUAAGAAGGCCAUGUAUGGCAAACGGCUGCGGCAGAAACGAUUCGUGCUGUUUGGAGGUCGCUGGGAGAAGACUGACCUCACCUACAAGAUCGAGCGCUUCCCCUGGCAGAUGAGUGAGGACAAGGUCCGUCGUGUCAUGAUGGAGGCCCUUCGUGUGUGGAGUGAUGUCACCCCACUCACUUUCACCGAGAUCAGGGAUGGGAAAGCCGACAUACUCAUCGACUUCACAAGGUACUGGCACGGGGACAAUCUGCCCUUUGAUGGCCCGGGGGGGAUUCUGGCUCACGCCUUCUUUCCAAGGACCCACCGGGCUGGAGACAUCCAUUUUGACUACGAUGAGGCCUGGACUAUUGGCAACAACAUGGGCACGGACCUUCUUCAGGUGGCAGCCCAUGAGUUUGGUCACGUCCUGGGCUUGCAGCACUCUUUGGUCCCUGGCGCAGUGAUGUCUCCCUUCUACAGCUUCUCCUACCCACUGGAGCUAAGCGAUGAUGACAAGCAGGGAAUCCAGUACCUGUACGGCCCCCGGAAGCCCAUUGUGCCACAUAUCAGCACCGAGACCAAUGAGAUCCCCAUCCCCAUGCCCAAUGCCUGCAACACAGACUUUGACGCGGUCUCCAUGAUCCGAGGGGAGCUUUUCUUCUUCAAGUCGCGCUAUGUGUGGCGCAUCCGGGACGGACAGCUGCAGGAGGGUUACCCAGCGCUGGCGUCCCGUCACUGGAGGGGCAUUCCCGACAACAUCGACGCCGCUUUUGAAGACAAAUCUGGGAAUAUCUGGUUCUUUCAAGACCAAAACUACUGGGUGUUUGAUGCGGAGAAGCAGAUCACAGGGCCAGAUUCAGUUCAGACGCUGGGUCUGCCUGUCUCCAACAUCCAAGCUGCACUCAUGUGGGGUGAGGAGAAGAGCCAGAAGAUCUACUUCUUCAAGUCUGGGAACUACUGGCGUUUCAACCCCCUGGAUAACAAGGUGGACACGGUGUACCCCCGAAACAUGCAACACUGGAGGGGCAUCCCUGACAGCAUUGAUGGCGCCUUCCAGGACCAAUAUGGCUUUGCCCACUUCCUCAGUGGAAAGCGUUACUGGAAGUUUGACCCUGUGGAAGUAAAGGCACUGGAUGGAUACCCUCGCUAUAUUGGAAUGGAUUUCUUUGGUUGUGGAGAGCCUUAAUCUUUGAUUAAGCCAUCACUGAUGUUGAAGAUCGGUGUCACACAAAACUGGCUGAGUGAAAUAUAUGCAACAGCUUCUUUCAUUUGUUUUUUUCCGAUUGUUUUAACCCAAAUAUCAUAUUUACUAUUUCCAGGAGGGCCGCGGAAAUCCUCUGCGCUUGCCGCGAAUGUUAUUGAAAGCAUAAACAAAAAUAAAACUAAAAGGAUCACCAUGGCUAACAGUUUCACCCAAGAAUAUCUACAGAUUCCUGCCGUCACCAGAGCGUAUACAACAGCCUGUGUUCUCACCACUGCCGCGGUGCAGCUGGAGUUAAUCACCCCUUUUCAGCUAUAUUUCAAUCCUGACCUGAUUAUAAAAAGAUACCAGAUAUGGCGCCUGGUAACCAACUUCCUCUUUUUCGGCCCGCUUGGAUUCAGUUUCAUGUUCAACAUGAUUUUUCUAUAUCGAUACUGCCGCAUGCUGGAGGAGGGGUCUUUCCGGGGUCGGACUGCAGACUUUGUUUUCAUGUUUCUGUUUGGCGGGGUGCUCAUGACCCUCUUCGGCCUCUUUGCCAAUUUGUUUUUCCUGGGUCAGGCGUUUACCAUCAUGCUGGUUUAUGUGUGGAGCCGGCGAAACCCCUACGUUCGAAUGAACUUUUUUGGCCUGCUCAACUUCCAGGCACCCUUUCUGCCCUGGGUUCUCAUGGGAUUCUCACUGUUGCUAGGCAACUCCAUUGUUAUUGACCUCUUAGGCAUUGGUGUGGGGCACAUGUACUUCUUUUUAGAAGAUAUCUUCCCAAACCAGCCGGGUGGGAGGAAGCUUCUAAUGACUCCGGGUGUUUUGAGAGCCCUCUUUGACACUCCAGAGGAGGACCCGGCUUACUCCCCUCUCCCAGAGGAUCAGGCGGGGGAGUCCUGGCAGGGGGCCAGCGAUGAAGAGGAUCUCCAUCCGGGUCAGGACGAGAGACACGACCACCAACAUGAACCCCAGGACCCUGACGAGCAGCAUCGGUAGGACGCCUGCGGCCCAGAAGAGUCUGGAGAGCAUGGACGGUUGUCUUCAUCGCAUUCGUGUGCAUUGUGGGUUGCUUUGAGUGGACGGGUCAUCUCAACAGCCCAACCCCCAUCUUUUACCCAAGGUCCUCAAGCAGAACUAGUGAGUUCUAUAAUCCCCACUGCACUGCUGUUAAAUUCUUUGUAUCAAGGCAGACACGUGAAAAGACAAAUGACUAAUGCCAUAAUAUAUUGCCCAGGGGACAGUCAAAAAUUGUUUUCCAUUCCUUUGUAGGCUUAUUUUGUUGCUGUAACUACAUGGGUGUGGUUCUGAAUAGCUUUUCAAAUGUCACAAAUCCACAUUUGAUGGCUGUUCAUUCAUUUGUUUUUCGUUUUUUUUGUGCUGCCACAUCAGUAGUUAGAUCAAAGUUAAAUGAUGCAACUACUGAUCAAAGCAAAGCAAAGCAACAAUGGCAGGAAAAUGCACUUUUCUCAUUAUUUUAUUUCCAAAUACUUAAAAAAAUUAUUUAGGAGAUUGGCUUUUUAUAGUUACUUAAUGAAAUAAAUUUGAGCAAUUGGUAACAUAGAUGGAACUUCCAGUUCAUGCGAGUGUGAAAUUGGGGUGGCCAACUAGUGAAAGUGAUAUUAUAUAAACCCUACAGUACAUUGGAUACUGUAUGUCCCCCUGGCUGACAGACCUUAUCUGUCUGGUUAUUGUGUCCCAGCCCUUGUGUUGGAGGCUGAGCAAUCAGCAGACAUGCUGCUUUCCCUUCCAACUGGGCUGUCAGUAUUAAUUAGGCUUCAUUGAGCUGUUAACUGAAUAUAAAUAUGGAUUUGACCUGAAUCCGUAGUUCAUGGUAAAAAUACCCCUCCAGAUGUUUUUUAAAACCUUAAAAAACAUUCUAUAUUGAAUAAUAAUUUGUUUAUUAUGGUUUUUCCUCCCAAAAUGUUCAAUAAACAACUGAAAAUGG